GAAUGCUUAGAUGCUUCAGUUGAUGUGUGAAAAUGGGUCUGAGAGCAGUGUUAACACUCGCCCUGCUUUUAGCACUCCACUUGACCUGUGUUGACUCCUGGGGCUCCUUUUUCAAAAUCAAGAAUCCGUUUUGGGUGAAGAGUGAGGAACUGGCCAGGAAAAAUGCCAUGAACAGUCCUGGGUUGUCUGCUGCUGCCUCUGAGAAUAUGGGCUACCAUCAGCAGCAGCAGGCAUACAAAAGUCAACCUGUUGACCAGAAUUAUCAGCAAAGACCCAUGUCUAAGAGGGUGAAGCCAAAGUAUGUUAAUCUGGACAGAGACACACUGGCUGCUUAUUUUGGACUCCCAGAGAAGAAUCAAGGAAGGAAAAAGAAGAAGCAACGUUUGCAAAAGCUUGAACCAUCUGCCAGCAAACAGAUAUCUGUGGAAGAGAUGCCCAAGUUGGAUAGCUUGGAUUCGCAACCUAAUCAGCAAAUUUUCUCAAGGCCAGUGCCCUACCAGCAGCCUCAACAGCAAUUGCAGCAGCUGCAACCAAGUGUUCCUGUUAAUCCUCCAUCACCACCUCAACCAGCUCCUCAGCAACCUCAGUCAGAGGCAAAGCCACAAGGCAGAGAUUACGGAGGAACUGGAGAAGACAGAGUGAGGAUGAAAGUGUACAGAGGUCCCACAGAAGGAGAGGGGGAAAAUGCCCAUGCUGCUUGGGGCUUCUGGGUGAAGCACCCUCCAGAGGCACCACCUAGUCAUGCCCCGACCAACUAUAAUCCUUUAUACUGACUUCUUUACCUAGAUGUCUCUAGUAAUCUCAACUGACACCUCCGGAACCGAUGGUGAAGUUACUGAGGGGAAGAUUUGAUGAGUUGCUCGUCAUUAAAGCAUGUCGUUUAUGCAUCUCAGGUCUUCGCAUCCGAUUUUUUUUUCUUCUCCGGGCUUUCAGAAAUCACUGAAAUGAAGUCAGUUGAUUUGAAUAUGCGGAUUUAUAACGAUAUGCAGUGACCAAGAAAAUACACACGACACGACACACGGUCUUUGCGGGGAAG